AUGAUCACACAGAAUGCUUCGAUUUUCGAACGUGUUUGUCCACUUGAUCAAACAUUUGAUAAACGAUACUAUGCUGGUAUUUUUCAUUUUCGAUUUUGGCAAUUCGGAAAAUGGGUCGACGUUGUUGUCGACGAUUGUUUGCCAACAGUAAAUAAUCGACUGAUAUUCUGUCAGAAUGCCAAAGAACCAAAUGAAUUUUGGGCAGCUUUACUUGAAAAAGCGUACGCGAAAUUGAGUUAUUCGUAUGAAGGUACAGAUGCUGGGCAAACAACAGACGCUUUGAUUGAUAUGACUGGUGGAGUGGAGGAAUCAUUCGAUACAAAGGAAAUUAAUGAUAAGGAACAAUUCUGGCAAACAUUAGGUACAGCAUUAAAACACGAUGCUAUGGUUGGUUGUUCGAUUACUCCGGAUCCAAGUGAACAUGAAGCGAAAAUGGCCAAUGGCUUGGUAAAAGGUCAUGCGUAUGCUGUUACUGCGGCUGUUCGUGUUAAACUUCUCAAUGGUGAAAUCGUUCAGAUAGUUCGUUGUCGAAAUCCGUGGGGUAACGAAACCGAAUGGAACGGUGCUUGGAGUGAUGGAGAUACGAACAACUGGAACAAAAUCGAUUCACAUACGAGGGAACAAUUGCAUUAUCAAAAACAAGCCGAUGGCGAAUUUUGGAUGCUUUAUUCCGAUUGGUUGAAGAAUUUUGAACAAAUUCAGAUUUGCAACCUUUCACCUGAUUCAUUCGAAGGACAACUCAGUGCUCAACAAGGAAAACGUAUUGCUUGGCAUCGAACUCAAUUUGAUGGCGCUUGGAUCAAAGGACAAACCGCCGGUGGAUGUGGACAACCAAGAAUUGAAAGUUUCUUUACUAAUCCUCAGUACCUAGUCAAUGUCACUGAAACUGAUAUCGAGGGCGGCGAUGGUCUUUGUACAAUCAUCUGUGCUUGUUUACAAAAAUAUACACGUCAAAAACGACAGCAAACUCGUGUACAACAAGCUGAAGAAUAUAUCAAUCUUCGUUUAUAUCGAAUUAAAGAUUCAGUGAAUGUAUCACAAGUCGAACAAGGCUGUAAAUUCUACCCAAAAGAUCUCGAACGACAAGGCGAUACGGGUUCUUAUAUCAACAAACGUGAAGUGACAGGACGCUUUCGCGUCAAACCGGGAAAUUACAUUCUGAUUCCAUCGACUUACGAAUCUGAUAGAGAAGGUGAGUUUCUCGUCAGAAUAUUUACUGAAGGUGGUUCAGCUGGAAAAUCAUUGACGGAAGAACAGCCGGAUAUAGAUUCACCUUCACAAAUAGUUGACAAGGCGAAAUAUGAAUUUCAUGAUGGAAAAGAUCAAGAAUCGAAGUUUACUAUCAUGCAAUGGUUCGAAAAACUACCAGAAUCGCAACAAAAGCUGCUCAAAUUUGGUGGAUAUGCUUCGUAUCAAAAUCGCUCAUCAUUUGAUACAUUCGUCAAAAAUCGGAACUUUUCGACUCUUUUUCAUUGUGUAGAGUAUAUUUCGAGUGUUUGCUUGAUGGAAUUGCAUUAUUUCUUCACAAGCAGUUUAUUUCAUCGUCGAAAGUCGUUGGCAAACGAAGAAAUUUGA